CACCUACUGGUCAUGUUUGUUACUGCAUAAUGGGGGGUGGGGGUCGCAGCAUAGACUUCCGGGUCAGUGUUACAGCGAUGGAACCCGUCGGGAUGAGCAAUAUGCUACAAUUCAUGAAACUUAUAGGGCAGUUAAAGCGUGUCCCGCGGACAGGCUGGGUGUAUAAGAGCAUCCAGAAGCCCGAGAGUGUGUCCGAUCACAUGUACAGGAUGUCCAUGAUGGCUCUAACAAUCACCGACAGCACCAUCAACAAGGACAGGUGCAUAAAACUGGCUUUGGUCCAUGACAUGGCCGAGUGCAUUGUGGGUGAUAUCGCACCAGCAGAUAACGUCAGCAAGGCAGAGAAGCACAGAAGAGAGGAGGAAGCGAUGAAGCACCUAACUGGACUGCUUGGGGAUGAUCAGCGGAAAGAGAUUUAUGGGCUGUGGGAAGAGUACGAGCAUCAGUCGAGCCCCGAGGCCAAGCUGGUGAAGGAGCUGGAUCAGCUGGAGAUGAUCCUGCAGGCCUUCGAGUACGAGGAGCUGGAGAAGAAACCUGGGAAGCUGCAGGAGUUUUUUGAUUCCACAAAAGGGAAGUUCAGCCACCCAGAAGUCCUUCAGCUGGUCAGGAGUUUGAAUGAAGAGCGAACUGGUCACAUGGCAGCGGUGGGAGGGACCUCUCGCAAAGACUCUGAGCACUGAUAGCCAAUCACCCAGCGGCGUAUCUUGAUACCAUGUGACCUCUAACCCCUUAUUUAUAAUCAAGGGCAGCAGAGACUCACUUGAUUCGCUCAGAAGCAUAGCUUUGAUCACCAGGAAGAUGGCAUCCUUGUCCCUUAUUUAUAAAAUACUGUGUAUUUGUUCUGGAGAUAAAAGUUGCCAGCCGGCCUGUUAUCAAGA